GUGCGAGGAACCGGAAGGGGAAGUGAUUGCGCCAGCCGGGCCGCGGCUAUGCAGAGGGAGGAGAAGCAGCUCGAGGCAUCAUUAGAUGCCCUGCUGAAUCAAGUGGCUGAUCUGAAGAAUUCACUGGGGAGUUUCAUUUACAAGUUGGAAAACGAGUAUGACCGGCUGACCUGGCCCUCUGUCCUGGACAGCUUUGCAUUGCUCUCUGGGCAGUUGAACACUCUGAACAAGGUCUUAAAGCAUGAGAAGACACCACUGUUCCGUAACCAGGUCAUCAUCCCUCUGGUGUUGUCCCCAGACCGAGAUGAAGACCUCAUGCGUCAGACUGAAGGACGAGUGCCUGUUUUCAGCCAUGAGGUUGUCCCUGACCAUCUGAGAACCAAGCCUGACCCUGAAGUCGAAGAGCAGGAGAAGCAGCUGACAACAGAUGCUGCCAGAAUUGGUGCUGAUGCAGCUCAGAAGCAGAUCCAGAGCUUGAAUAAAAUGUGCUCAAACCUCUUAGAGAAAAUCAGCAAAGAAGAACGAGAGUCAGAGAGCGGAGGUCUCCGGCCAAACAAGCAGACUUUCAACCCUGCAGACACCAAUGCCUUAGUGGCAGCUGUUGCCUUUGGGAAGGGGCUUUCUAAUUGGCGACCUUCAGGUAGCAGUGGUCCUGGCCAACCUGGCCAGCCGGGAGCUGGGACGAUCCUCGCAGGAGCCUCAGGACUGCAGCAGGUUCAGAUGGCAGGUGCUCCAAACCAGCAGCAGCCGAUGCUCAGUGGCGUCCAGAUGGCUCAAGCAGGCCAGCCAGGGAAAAUGCCAAGUGGAAUAAAAACCAACAUCAAGUCAGCUUCAAUGCAUCCCUACCAGCGGUGAGUGUGGACGGCAGCCUCCACUCUCAGGUGAUCUGUGCUGAGUUGAGCAAUGAAAUUAUCUUUUGCUCAAGGCUUAUUUAGAUGGGCACAAUAAAAGACGCAGGCUUUCAGCAAGAGACAGAUCUCAGCUCCACUGUGAAUAGCCAUGGAACUUGGGAAAAUGACCUAUUUUUUCCUGAGCCGUGUUCUUGUCUGUAAAUGGUGAUGAUAAUACCUACCUCAUAGGGUUGUUGUGAGGAUUGAAAUGGGAGAAUGAAUGUAAGACACUUAGCACGGUAUACAAAAUACUGGGUCUUGAAUAAAUAAUAGUUUCCUACUUUUCAA